UUGAGAGAUUGAUAUUGCAGCACCUGGUGAAAGCCCAGGAUUGAGGGUAUAAACACAGGCCAGCUCUUGGAGCUGGCUGGUGAGCCAGCCCUGCCGGAAAGUUGAGCUGCAGGUUCAGACCUAGAACGUGCAGAGGGGCAAGCUAAGGAAACAAAAAAAAAGAGUCCUAAAGUCUUUAAGGCUCAGGGAAUCCUAGGGACUGUUGCCUGUUGGCCACGGAGGCUCCUCCCUCGAAUUCAACCAAACCUGCAGGGCCCCGCCCAAUCUCGUGUAGCCUCCAACCGGAAGAGCUCAAGGUGCUCAGUGGCCGAAAGAUGUCUGGGUCCAUGUCUGAGGCUGAGGAAAAUACGGGGUCCAAACAGUGUCCCCUUGUUCAGGUGAAUGAAUAUAAAGAAAAGGAGCAUAUUGCCUAUACUUCUCUGAGACCAAUACAGAUUACAACUUUAAGGAAAACGGCUAAGGUUUAUCUUUACCCGUUUUCGCUCAGCAAUUCCAAGCUAAGCCUAUUCAAGUUAUCCAAAUCCCUGGUUGAAAAUAAUUCUAGCAAAUCAGAAGUCCAUAAGGAGACAGAUCGGGAGAAAACUUGUAGAAAGGUUUUAACUUCAAAAAUGAAGGCCUUAUCUCCCAAGGCAGAAUCCCUCCUGCUGAAACCAUCCUUGGAUGCUUAUAGUGAAGGUGCCGAGCAGGAACAGAAGAGCACCUCGGGUUUAGUGACUCUUGGAAUGGACAUGGAAAGCAGCGACGAAGACAGUGCACCAGGCCUGGAUGACUUUUCAGAAUUGUCACCUUAUGAGAGGAAGAGACUGAAGAACAUCAGAGAAAAUGCAAACUUUUUUGCUUCUCUUCAGUUAGCUGAGUCAGCGGCAAGGCUCCGUGGAAUGAUAAAGAAGAGUGAGCCACCCGAAUCAAAAAGAAAGAGGCCUAAGAAGAAAGAAAAUGAAAUCGGAUGUCGAAGGUCCAUGCGGUUGUUGAAAGUAGAUCCUUUGGGAGUUUCAUUACCAGCAUCUCCAACACAGCCAACAUUAGUAGAAGAAGAAAAUCCUUUGUUACCUCCUGGACCCUUAGAAAUGAUUCCUGAAAACCAAGAUGACAGCAGCGAACUGUUCAAAGCAUCUUUGAGGACAUGGGCAGAGAUGAGCCAGACAAGUAAUGAGAAGACCAGGAAGGGGCUGUCUAGUAUUAAAAGCUACAAAGCCAAUUUAAGUGGUAUGGUCAUCAGUGAAGCUACUGUUCGUAAGGUGACCAAUGGAGCAAUCUCCUCUGUGGCCCUGCAUCCAUCAGAAGUGAGAACCUUGGUAGCAGUCGGGUCCAAGUCUGGACAAAUUGGACUUUGGGAUUUGACCCAGCAGAGUGAAGAUGAGAUGUACGUCUUCUAUCCUCACAGUCGCUGUGUGAGCUGCCUUUCCUUCUCACCCACCAACCCAGCCCACCUACUGUCCCUGAGCUAUGAUGGCACACUGCGAUGUGGCGAUUUCUCCAGUGCUGUUUUUGAAGAGGUAUACAGGAACGAGAGAAACAACCCGUCCUCCUUUGACUUCUUGGAUGAUGCCUUCAAUCUGCUAGUGGGACACUGGGAUGGAAAUUUGUCACUGGUAGAUAGACGGACACCUGGAACUUCUUAUGAGAAGUUUUUAAAUUCAUCUUUGGAAAAAAUAAGAACUGUUCAUGUCCACCCAUUAUCCAGACAGUAUUUUGUCACUGCAGGAUUGAGGGACGUUCAUGUUUAUGAUGCCAGGUUCCUGAAGUCCAGGAAAAGCCAGCCUUUGAUCUCCUUGACUGAGCACUCGAAGAGUAUUGCCUCCGCAUAUUUCUCCCCCGUAACUGGUAACAGAGUGGUGACCACAUGUGCUGACUGUAAGCUCAGGGUCUUUGACAGCAGCUCCAUGGCUUCCCAGCUUCCUCUCCUCAGUACCAUCAGGCACAACACUAUCACUGGGAGGUGGCUAAUGAGGUUCCAAGCUGUGUGGGACCCUAAACAAGAAGAUUGCUUCAUAGUUGGUAGCAUGGACCACCCACGGCGGGUGGAAGUCUUCCACGAGACGGGAAAGAAUGUGCAUUCUCUCUGGGGAGAAUGUCUUGUAUCUGUGUGUUCUCUCAGUGCUAUGCAUCCUACCCGAUACAUUCUGGCUGGAGGUAAUUCCAGUGGGAAGUUACAUGUUUUUAUGCAUCAAGAAAUCUGAGUUAUAGCUGGGCGGUGGUGGCACACGCCUUUAAUCCCAGCACUUGGGAGGCAGAGGCAGGUGGAUUUCUGAGUUCGAGGCCAGCCUGGUCUACAGAGUGAGUUCCAGGACAGCCAGGGCUGUAUAGAGAAACCCUGUCUCAAAAAAAAACAAAACAAAAAAAAAAAAAAAAGAAACCUGAGUUAUUAGAUAGGUGCAACAAAUGGUUCAAAUUGUUCUGUGGCUAAGGAACCUAGAGACUCAGCUUAGUGUAUCUGUUUGGCCAUAUAUUUAGUAAAUACAGCAUUGCUUUCUCAGGGAGACCUCCAUGCAGAAUGUAAUAUUAGCAAGGAAGGAACUUGAAGAUCAUUUCUAGAGGAUGAGGGAGAGACCUGGAGCAGAAACUAGGGUGCUUUCAAAUGCUUUUUGAUUGUUUUGAGAAAGGAUCUUGUGUAGCAUAGGGUGGCCUCAGACUCUGCAGCCAAGGAUGCCCUGGACUCCUGAGUGCUAAGAUCACAGGCAUGUUCCUGUGCACUUGGCAUCUUUCAGCACUUUUAACUAGGCUAUAUAUUGCAAAAUUCUAACAAAUGAGAAAGCUUUCAAUGGUCAUUAUUAAUCUUUUGUGACAGAAUUAGACCAUUUUGAUGCAAUAGUAAUCUAUAUAUCUGUGAUUUAUUUAGUUUGGGGUGAAAAAUUACUUCUCAACACUGGACUAGGCCCUAAAAGAUCAUCUAAAUCUAAUUAUGAAACAUUAUUGAACCCCUGAGACUGUCACAUGCUAGACAAGUAUUCUACAAUUGACUCAUAUCCUACCCUUUGAAACUUAAAUGUUUGUUUUGCUUUGUUCUUGAGACUGGAUCUUGCUUGUAGCCCAGGUUAGCUUUGAACCUCACUUUUCCAAGUGCUAGGACUAUAAGCCUGUACUAGCAUGCCCAGCCAGAACUUAGUUUUAUAAGCUAAGAACUUUUUUUUUUAGGGGGGGGUGUCUUUGUAUCUCAGUUCAGUGUUACUUGAAAUACUAUGAAAAUCAUUGGAGAAGAGUUGGCUUCUAAGACUUGGGCAUACUUGGAGCUCUGUCUGUUCCCUGCCUCUGGGUAGCUCCUGAAAUGGGCCAGGAUAGUACUGUUUGAACUUGCACCACUAUCCUGUAUUCUAGUGAAUAACUGUACAGACUGGGCUCCAGAUAAGGGGUUUGUAGCUUUUCACAUGCAAUUAGUAACCCCAGUGUAUUGACAAUUUUGGAGUUUUGAUUUCUUUAAAAACACAGAAAUAAAAGACUGAUUUUGUUUUAAUCCCACAAUAUAGGGCUGCUUCAUAUUGUCCACAGUAGGUGACUGUGAUUUACCUGUGCUCUAGCAGGGGUGUGGUUCUUCCAGCUGCAGAUAGUUUCUGCAGUUGUGUGACAUUUGGAAUUCUGGGGACUUUCAGAGGAUAUAUAAAUGCUAGAGUCCCAAUAGAUGGGGUGGGGUGGUUGUUGGUUGUUCAGGGGGAUUGGCUGUGAUUUAUUAGUAGUCAUGCUCAAAGAAGAAGCAAAAGGAAAGAAAGUAGAUUCAGGGAUCUCCCUCCCCCCCACUUCUUUUCUUCCUACCUCUAUCCUUCUCUCUCUUAUCUAGUGUUGGGGGGGUAUAAAAGGGGGUGCAGAUAAAGGGUGACAAAAAGAAUCCACAAAGUAGUAAAGACCAGCUAUAGUCCUAAGGUGGAAUUUAAAAAAAAAAAAAAAAAUUGAGUCCCAGUGUUGGGCGCCGCUUCUAUCCGGUCUGUUUUUUUUCCUUUUGUUUCUUUAAUCACAACUACUAACAAACAGUAACCAAUCAAACCCCCCUGCGCCCACCCCCAACAGCCAGUAACCACUAACUAUCCUUCUUGGGGCUCUCAUAUUUAUAUACCCUCUGAAAAGUUCCCAGAAUUCCAGAUGACACAUAAUCACAGAAAUUAUCUGCAGCAGGCAAAAUCCACUCUGCUAGAGCACAAUGGAAAUCACAGUCAGCUGCUGUGGACAGUCUGAAGCAGCCCCAGAUCCACACCUGGGGUUAAAACAACAUAUUCUUAUAGUUCUGUGGUUUUUUUUUUAAGAAACCAAAAUUCUAGAAUUCUUACUCCACCCCUAGCACUCGAGAAGUAGAAGCAGGAGAAUCAGAAGUUCAAGGCCAAAAUAGUAAGUUCAAGGUCAAUGUGGCUCACCUUCCCUUCCCCCAAAUUAAAGCACACAAAGUAAAGUUACGAUAUUUUUAUUUUUUUAGAGUACUUUAAAAUAAAACUUAGCUUUAUAUGCAUAUAUAUAUACAAUAUAUGUUUAUAUAUAUUCUGCUGAAUCACUGGCCUGGUGUCACAGUGUAUUCUAUGUUUUUCCAUUGUUAUUUGCCAAAGUUACUACUGAAAGAUUUAUAAAUAAAUAGCUUAAGCAGUAUGUUUGGAUUGUAAAAGGGAAUAUCAAUUAUAUGUCAGAGAAAUAAAGUGAUAAGAAUUUUCCUUGAA